AUGCAGGUCUCGGCCGUUACCACUAGAUCGAAGGCCAGAUCCGGUGUGAGAUCGGGAUGCAAUUCCCCGGUAUUGUGCGAAGAAGUGAUCAGAGAGCUCAGGAUCGAGCGGAUCCGGCAGGCACAGGAUGAGGAGGCGUGGAUCCACAAUUUGAAGAAGCAUCUGGUUGGCGAAAUACGCGAUUUGACACAGGAAGAGGCCAGAUCCUGCGGAUCCAUUGUUAUGGAUUAUGAAGUGGAUCGGCAUGAUCUCCUGUUGUGA